AUGCCCGCGGGGCCCGCCCCCCGCGUCUCCUUGGCGACGGCGGCGACGUCGGGGAAGGGAGGCGGCCGGACUCGCCCGCUGCGCGCUGCCCCCGGAUGGCGCGGCCCUCCCCGCCGCCCGAGGCCGGGCUGCUGCAGGCGAGCGUGGGCGGCCCGCGGGGCUCGGGGGCGGCGCUGGGGGUGCCGGCGGGGCCGCUGCAGACGCGGCUGGUGGAGAACCAGCCCUACGACGAGAGCCUCGACGUCGCGGAGCCCGAGGACGUGGCCAGCCUCGACGCCCCCAGCCCCGCCCCCGCCGCCCCCCGCCCGCCCCGAGCCGCAGCAGGGGCCCCGCCCCGCCCGGACACCAGCGACGACGACGACGACGACGGGGAGGACGGGGAGGACGACGGGGCGGGGGGCGCGGGGGGGCGCCUGAAGCAGGCCGGGGGGGCCCCAUCCCGCCCGCCGCCCGCCGGCCCCGCCGCGCCGGGGAAGAAGGGGGGGGCGGCCCCGCAGCGCCGCUUCAGCGAGAACGAGGUGGAGGACGAGGACGAGGACUCCUCGGAGACCGACUCGGAGGACGAGGACGAGGAGCACGGAGCCCCCCUGGAAGGGGCUUACAACCCAGCGGAAUACGACUGCCUGACCGUCUCUCUGGAGGUCAAAGACCUCUUCCAGUACAUUCGCAGGUAUUCUCCACAAAUGAUUGACCUUGAGCACAAGCUGAGGCCUUUCAUCCCGGACUUCAUCCCUGCGGUGGGGGACAUUGAUGCUUUCUUAAAGGUUCCUCGCCCAGAUGGGAAGCCAGACGACCUGGGGCUGUUGGUGCUGGAUGAGCCCUCCACGAAGCAGUCGGAUCCCACUGUGCUCUCUCUCUGGCUUACGGAAAAUUCCAAGCUGCACAACGUGGCUCAGCAGGUAAAAGUGAAGAGCUUGGAGAAUGCUGAGAAGAACCCCAGAGCCAUCGACAGCUGGAUCGAGAGCAUCAGCGAGCUCCAUCGCUGCAAGCCUCCAGCCUCUGUCCACUAUGCCAGGCCCAUGCCUGACAUAGAUACGCUGAUGCAAGAGUGGUCCCCUGAGUUUGAAGAACUGCUUGGGAAGGUGAGCCUUCCGACAGCAGACAUCAGUUGCAGCCUUGCCGAAUAUACAGACAUGAUCUGUGCAAUUCUGGACAUUCCUGUCUACAAGAGCCACACGCAGUCCCUACAUACGCUGUUCUCCCUUUACUCUGGAUUUAAGAACUCUCAGCACUUCGAGGCUUCAGCUGAGGACAAGAAGGCAACCAGCCCUCCUUCCAACACCCCUUCCCAGUCUGGAGAGACGGAUGUCCUGAGUUUCCCCUGACCCACGCAGAGGAAGCGCCUCCCUAGCUGGCCCGGAAGCCUUCCUGUGGGGCCAGGACUGAACUGGAAUGCACGAGGGAGCUGCUCCUGGGCACGAACCCCUUCCCCAGCCCCCAGAGGUCCCACACCUCCUCUGGGCCUCCCUUUUGGGCACCAGCACUUCCCUGCACUGGCUCUGGGCCAGUUCGGACCCUUGUCAAGGGCUUGGCCUUGAGCCCCCACCCCUCCGCAUGACUUAUUUCCUUUGUUGUGUGCUGUGCAGGGAGGGGACGGGGCCAGUGCUCAGCAACCCAAAAGCCUCAGUUUUUUUGUCCAGUGGCAAUAUCCGAAUGCGUAUAAAUUCAGUACAACCCAGAA